CUCACUGAUUUCUAUGUAUAUAUUCAUAAUUUCAUAACAACUAAGUACUAACCAAGCCCCUUUAUCUUAGUGCUUGGUGUUUUGGAGCUAAAAGAGAGGUUAAAGAGAAGACAUGGCUUUAAUACUCAACUCCUUCAACUUUUGCUUUUUUCCUUCAACACUUGCUCUCUCACUGAUGAGAACUCAGAGAUCUCCUAAGUUUUCCAUGACUUCCCCCCUCUUCUCCAACAAGAAAGAAGCAGAAGGGGGUUUAGACCAUCUUGGUGAAUUCAAUGUGAGCCUAGCUUGCUCCAUGCCACCUAAGAAGGUUGAAAUUUUCAAAUCUAUGGAGAAUUGGGCUAAAAACAAUGUCCUAACUCUCCUAAAACCUGUCAAGGAAUGUUGGCAACCACAAGAUUUUUUGCCAGAUCCUACCUCAAAUGGAUUUAUUGAGCAAGUCCAUGAACUAAGAAAGAGAACAAGAGACAUUCCAGAUGAGUACUUUGUUGCCUUAGUUGGUGAUAUGAUCACAGAAGAAGCCCUUCCAACUUACCAAACUCGAAUUAAUUCCAUAGAAUGUUUUCAUGAUGAAACAGGUGUAGAUAACACUCCUUGGGCAAUUUGGAAUAGGGCAUGGAGUGCAGAAGAAAACAGACAUGGUGAUCUUCUCAAUAAAUACCUUUUCCUUUCUGGAAGAGUGGACAUGAAACAAAUUGAGAAGACAACACAAUACUUGAUUCGGUCAGGAAUGGAUAUUGGCACCAGGGAAGAUCCAUACCUUUCGACCAUUUACACAUCAUUUCAAGAACGAGCAGCAUUUAUCUCCCAUGGGAACACAGCCAAGCUGGCCAUGCAACAUGGGGACAUAAAGCUUGCCCAAGUAUGUGGUAUAAUUGCCUCGGAUGAGAAGCGCCAUGAAAGUGCUUAUACAAAAAUAGCUGAGAAGCUUUUUGAGAUCGAUCCAAAUGAAAUGGUCAUAGCCUUUGCAGACAUGAUGAGGAGGAAAAUCUCAAUGCCAGCCCAUUUGAUGUAUGAUGGCCAUGACCAUAAUCUUUUUGAUCACUAUGCAAUUGUUGCAUCAAGGAUUGGGGUCUACACAGCUAGGGACUAUAGAGAAAUUUUGGAACUUUUGGUGGCUAAAUGGAAGGUAGAGAAGCUAACUGGACUUACAAGUGAGGGACAAGAAGCCCAAGACUAUGUAUGUAGGUUGACUCAAAGGAUGAGAAGGCUAGAGGAGAGAGCUAUUGCAAAGGCCCAAAAAGCACCCACCAUUCCUUUUAGCUGGAUUUCUGGUAGAGUGGUAUAGCUAGCUUAUUAGAUGGGUCCAAUUCAAAAAAUUUGUGGAGGCAGCUUUUGAGCUUCUUGUCCCAACUCUAAUGUGGUUAAUUAUGGGUAAUAAAGAAAAAGUUAUGAGUUUAUGUAAAAAUAAUAGCCAGUUACUCAUAGUCUACCAUAUCAAAGUUUGUGGUGAA